AACCUUAUUAAUGCACGAUCAUUUGUAGAUGAUGCCGAUUCGUUAAGGCGAAAGAGACAAAAACUUAAUAACAACUCAAGCUCGAUACUUUUCAAACAUGUAGCAGAAACUGAGAAGCAUGCCAGAAAUCAACCUAUUAGUUUUAAUAUCGUCAAAACUGAAUCAGCCGAUCGGAUAUCGCCGUUUAGAGGUCCGACGAGUACAAGUGCGGGCAAUUUCGGUCUACAAUCUGUAAGAUCGUCUUCACAACCGCACAGUAGCAUACAAGCUCUAAGGCCUCAGGUAUCUCCAGGGCGAACACCGUCCCCUAUGGAAUAUAGUACUUACAACCCGUCUCUUGUACAACAGCAAUAUCAACCAAACAUUCAGCCAAUAUUGCCAAACAUGUCUGCGACGACGAACGUACAGGCGUUUUCUUACGUAGAUCAAUUGCAAUUACAACCAGAACCAAAUCUGUUGAUGUUAAACAGAGUAACGUCAGAAAAUCAAGGAGAAUCCCAGCCAGUGAAUAAUAUUGAAACUGCAGGAGCCCCGUGCCUCUUAGACAUGGAUAGUCAACAAUUCAAUUUUGACUGGAAUUCCGCUGAUCUCGCGGAUUUUGGGGCAAAUCUCUCUGCAAAUCUGUCGACUGGACUAUCCAUAUCCGACUCUAUACAACCUGAAGUCGGGAGCAAUGUCGAAGAAAGAAACAGUAUGACCGAGCGCAUUACUUGGAUAAACCAAGAACUUUCCGCUUUGAAUAAGAUACUCAAACCUAAUCGAGAAAAUGAUGGCUGAGAACUUGAUUAAAAUUGCUUAUUAUCAAUUAAUAUUGUGGCUUAUGCCGAAGUGAUCAUAAGAAAUUGCAACUGGUCUCAUCUGUAAUUGAUUACAAGUGCUCUCUCCACUGCCAUAUAAAAAAAAAAAGAA